AUGGCAUCUCUUCUGCGAAAAGCACAGUCUGCAGCUUUGCAAGAGCCGGAGGCGUCCUCUUCCAGCAUACUCGAAGCCAAGGGAGGCAAACGCAAAGCUACCAGCGACGAAAGCGAUGGGUCGACAUCGAUGAGGAGGAACAAGCAACGGGUGCUCUUGAUUCCCUCGCGGGGCGUGACGAGUCAGAUGAGGCAUCUCGUGUCGGAUCUCGAAGCCUUGAUGCCACAGUCGAAGAAGGACUCCAAGCUUGACUCCAAAUCGAACUUGCAUAUCAUCAAUGAGCUUGCCGAGCUCAACAACUGCAACAACACGCUCUACUUUGAGGCUCGCAAGCACCAGGACCUCUACAUGUGGGCCUCCAAGACGCCAAACGGACCCAGCGCAAAGCUCUUCAUCCAGAACAUCCACACGAUGGACGAGCUGAAGAUGACAGGAAACUGCCUCAAGGGCUCACGACCGGUCCUCUCCUUUGACGCUGCCUUCGACUCGAGCCCGCAUUGGUCGCUGCUCAAGGAGAUGUUGACCCAGGCAUUCGGUGUGCCCCGGACCUCAAGACGGACAAAGCCCUUUGUUGAUCAUGUCCUCUCCUUCAGCAUCUUGGACGGCAAGAUUUGGUUUAGGAACUGGCAGAUCGUGGAGAACUCUGCUGAUGAGAAGAUGUCGUCGUCGAAGAAGUCCAAGAAGGCCGGUGCUGACGAAGCUCAACCCACGCUCGUCGAGAUCGGUCCGCGCUUCGUCAUGACACCCAUCCGCAUCUUUGAGGGCAGCUUUGGCGGGGCGACUCUGUACGAGAACCCAGAGUACAUAUCGCCCAACGCUGUUCGCCAUCUUGAGCGACGUCAGAAGGGCCAGGAGUACAAGACCCGCUCGGCGAAUCAGGAGGCAUUGCGGGCCAAGAAGGAGAAGCUGCAAAGAGAGAAGAAGGUGGACGAGCUUGCGGUCGGCAAAGUCUUUGCUUGA